GGUGUUAUUUCUAACCAAGGAUAAAAGCUGGUGCUUGGUCGAUUGUGAUAAACGAUGACUCGCGCGGCGUGUUUUCCCGCCCGCGGAUUUUCCCGUCGAAAUCCUGGCGAAGCUGCAGCUCGUGAUUCCUGAUUACUAUUUCUCCUCAACGUGUCCGCCGGCUCGCUGCUGAGCUCAGCAUGCGAUGCGCAAUUUUCUUCAUUAUUCCUUUCCGUUAUCAGCUGUGAUUGCUCAUAGAAAGAAAGAGUUUUCAUUCUCUGUAGGACUUGGAUGAUUUUAACGUAGACUUUCGUUACAAACGAAAGGCGGUUAAAAGCGCGUUUCUCGACGAAAAUCAAGCUUGCCAUUAAGGAGAACGAAUUUCGGAUUUUUAUUUUGCAUUCUCGAUUAAUUUGUUUGAACGAAUGCCGCAACUUUGUCGAUCAAAUGUAUCGGAUUGGACGGAGUAGUCACGUCUGAGAGAUCAAGUUGACAUCUCCGGAUUUCAAAGUGCUUCCUCGUGUAGGAUGAUGGAUAGAUAACGACGAUUAAACGAUUAAUGGAGACGAGGGGGAUUGGAUUUAACGAGAGGGUGAAGCUCGAAGAAGCCGACUAGAAGUCGCCGACUCGCACUUCCUCUGCACUUCAACAAUACUUACUCCGUCACUGGCUGCCUCGUCCGCUCCUCGCGUCGUCUACCGCCGAGUUUCAAUGCGAAACCUCGAAGCGAUCGCUCGCAUCCUCCGAAGCAAAGCCAUGAGAAGUCACAUGGCAGAUCACAAGCAAGUCGAGUCCCAGGACUCGAAGACGAGUCAGUCGCGCAAGAAAACCUGCCCUGAACACGGCGACGAGGGCUGUUCGAGCGAGAACGAGCGCGAGUUCGAGUCGCUCGAGUACGAAGAGGACGUGUAUUACUCCAAGCUGACGAGCACGCCGAGCUUCGACGACAUGGACGUAGUCGACGACGACGAGGAUGAGCUGGUGGUGCACUGCUGGCGCGACUCCAACGGCGAGAUCGACGAGAUCGUCGUGGACGACGGCAACCUGACCGUGGAGACGGAGUUCUUGCCGGAAGGCUCGGGCUCGCGCGACGCUGGCAGCCGCAGGAAACGGCGAUCGGUGCGCGUGAUCUUCCAGGACCUGUCCAAGCCAUACCUCGCCAAGAUCAGCAACAGUCAGAACUACAAGAGGUUCCUCGAGCUGGUAAAAGGAGAGGACGCCUCGCUUCACUCGGCCGGCUCCUUGUCACCGACGUCGGAUAACGUGGCGAACGAGCUGGAGGGUCUGUCCUUGGAGGAACAAGAACGCCAGAAGGCCGAAUGGAGCGUGGAGCUCGCGAAGGUGGAGGAGGAGAUACAGACUCUGAGACACGUUCUCGCCAGCAAGGUCAGGGUCGCGCAGGAGCUGAAGAGGAAGCUGGGCAUCAGCGUGUGGAAGGAGCUCACCGACGACGUCAAUCAGGGUCUCAAGAAUGUCAAGGAGAGUCAGGUUUAUCAGAACGUCGGCGAGAAACUCGGUCAGUUUACCAAGGCGGUUUCCGAAAACACUUUAUUCCAAAAGACAGAAUCCGUCUUCAAGAGCACGGCUGAGAAGACGACGAGUAUCCUGGGCGGCUUUGGUAGUGGAAUUUCUAUGAAAUUGGGCCAGAUGCGCAACUCCGACAGUUUCCGAUCCUUGGAGGAGAGGGUCGGAUCAGCCUACGAGAAUGUCAAGACGAAAGUCGUGCCUUCAAGAUCCAACUCGACGCAAAGCUUCGACGAGGCCCUUCGGGAGUCCGAGGCGAUGAGGCGUACGUCCGCGGCUCCGACGGCCACCAGCCCGACCAUUCCCGAGGACAAGCUGCUCUCUUAGAGCCCAUCGCAUCCUGCGAAAUAUACGCGCGCCUCGUCCAUCGCGUGUUAAUUGCU